GCGGCCAUUUUGGGAGGCCGGCGCUCGGUGCCGGAGGGGGCGGGCUCGGGCCCGGGCCGCAGCGGCUGCUGACAGCGCCGGGGGGGGCGCCGCCGGGCCAGGGCCGCCGCCAGCCGCGGAUCGCAGCCCUCGCCAUGUCGGACUUCGACAGCAACCCCUUCGCCGACCCGGACCUCAACAACCCCUUCAAGGAUCCUUCUGUUACACAAGUCACAAGAAAUGUUCCCCCAGGACUAGAUGAGUACAAUCCUUUCUCUGAUUCAAGAACAGCUCCUCCAGGAAAUGUGAAAAUGCCUAAUGUACCCAGUACUCAGCCAGCAAUAAUGAAACCAACAGAAGAACCACCUGCUUACACGCAAAUUGCAAAGGAGCAUGCCUUGGCCCAGGCAGAACUGCUAAAGCGUCAAGAAGAACUGGAAAGAAAAGCAGCUGAACUGGAUCGGAGGGAAAGGGAAAUGCAGAGUCUCAAUCAGCAGGGGGGUAGAAAAAAUAACUGGCCACCUCUUCCUGAGAAUUUUCCAGUGGGCCCAUGUUUCUACCAGGACUUUUCUGUAGACAUCCCUGUAGAAUUCCAGAAGACAGUAAAGAUUAUGUACUAUUUGUGGAUGUUCCACACAGUGACACUGUUUCUUAAUAUCUUCGGAUGUUUGGCCUGGUUUUACGUUGAUGCUACACGGGGAGUUGAUUUUGGAUUGAGUAUCCUCUGGUUCUUGCUUUUUACACCUUGUUCUUUUGUCUGCUGGUACAGACCACUUUAUGGAGCCUUCAGGAGUGACAGUUCGUUCAGAUUCUUUGUGUUCUUCUUUGUAUAUAUCUGUCAGUUUGCUGUACAUGUACUUCAAGCUGCAGGAUUUCAAAGAUGGGGAAACUGUGGAUGGAUUUCAUCUCUUACUGGUCUUAAUAAAAGUAUCCCAGUUGGCAUUAUGAUGAUAAUCAUAGCUGCACUUUUCACAGCAUCUGCUGUGAUCUCAUUAGUUAUGUUUAAAAAGGUGCAUGGUCUCUACCGCACAACUGGCGCUAGUUUCGAGAAAGCACAGCAAGAGUUUGCAACAGGAGUGAUGUCCAACAAAACUGUACAAACUGCCGCAGCCAACGCCGCAUCAACAGCAGCAACCAGUGCAGCUCAGAAUGCGUUCAAGGGUAACCGAAUGUAGAGAAAUGCAGGAAGUCAUUACAGUUCUCUUUGAUUGUUCUUUAUAUUCCAGUCACUUACUAUAUUCCCUAAAAGCCUAGAACAAAAUACACACAGCAUGUUUGUCUCCUCUUCAGCUGUGCAUGGGUAAAAUGGGAAAUGUUUGGUUUGUUCUAUUAUAAAUUUAUUUAUUUUUUAAAAAGAUAACUGUUCUUUGCCCUUCUUUUAAAUGUUGCUAUCUCUAACAUAAAACCUUCCGUAUCUUAUGGGAGAUAAGUAAUUUCAAAAAUUGACCUGAGAAUGAAUUGCGGUAUUUAAUGUUCAAAUAAAUACAUUAGGAAUUUGGAGGUUUUUUAGUGGUUCACUAUUUUGUUUUUAAACUUCAGGAAAGCACUUUGGAUCAAUUAUUUUUGCUUGUAAUAACUGUUUUCCCUAUUUCUACUGUAAGAAGUGGGGUAGACUGAGAGAUGUAGUAAGUUAGGUUUGGCUGAUACUUUUGCAAUUUCAGCUGCUGCUGGAGUACAAAUACAAGUAGGGUAAAUAUAAAUUUUUUCCUUUUUUUUUUAGGACAAGUUUUUUGAUAUAAACCUGUAAGCUUGCAUGAAUACUGUUGAGUUACCCGAUCAUGUUUAAGUAGUGUUUUGGUCCAGAAUUUACCUGCACCAGUUUAUAGCUUUUGUUUAUAUCUAUUUUCAUGGAGUAUUCUCUACCUGUGAGAAAUGACAAUGGUGCAUAAACAUUCUUCGUAACAGGAUGUGUAAUGCAAUGUACAGUUUAAGGAAGUUAACUGAUGGCUUCAAUCACAGACCUGAAUGAUUAUAAAUUUACUAUUUUUAAUUUCAAUAUUCAUUUCUUGGAGUAAUCAUUUUGCUGGAAAAGAAACGAAUAUUGACAUUUAGAACACUAGUUUCUUGCCUCACUCCCCUCUUUUACAUGCAGUGGUAUUUUUGUUGUGCUUGAGAUUUUUUUUUAAGUGUAGAUUUGUGUUUGAAAGUGGUACUAAAUCUCUAGCCUUGUCAGUCACUCUGUUUACUGCUUGUCCAAAAGUCCAAAUAUACAGUAUUUAAUUUUCUAACAGGAAUAUUGUCUAAAAUCAAGCUUUCGAAGUAGUGGCAUUUAACAGAUACUUGAAUUCAUUUUAACAUUACUCAGCCAUCUCUGUGAUUUGAUUUAAGCUGAAAAUAAAAGCUUCCUAACUAUUUUGAGUUGGAAAAGUGAGAAAUAUACAUCUUUCACAAAGUCGAAUUUUAACUCAUUGAACUGGAGGCCUAAGAGGUUAAAUUGGUGCAGUAGAACUGAACAGUCAGUCAUGGUACAUACAUCAUAAUGUUCUAGAGUUCAGUCAGGUCUUAUUAUAAAUGUUUCUGACCUUUAAAGGUUAUCUGAUAUUCCUUGACUGACUUGUGAGUCUUAUGCAUAGAAUUUGGGCUGUUUUUUAACUUUUUUUUUUAAGAAAAUGAAAACAGGAAGGACCAAGUCCCACAAACUAGUGAAAUGUCACCGUCGCUGAAAUUAAUUCAGCUCGUAAGAAGAAUCAUGAUUAGUGAGACUCAGUCAUAAGCUUCUGAGGCCCCUCUAUGUUCUGAAUGUGGACUGACCUUCAUAGAUUAAAUCUUUUUCAUUACAGCGUAUUUAGAAUAACAUAAUAACAUUAAAAAAACACAAACUUAACUUAAUCCCUUGAUCAGUAUUACCAUUAGUCUGCUUUAGCCUCCUUUCUUUUAUUAACUUCUUUAAAUCCAACUUGAAUUUGGAUAAAUGUAGCAAUUUCACCUAUGCUGAAGAUCAUUUUAACAAAUAUACUUUCUUCUAAAUAUUCUCUGCAUCAUGAAGUUAAAAGCAGUUUGGUUAGUUUUUAUUAUACAGGGGCUCUAAAAUUUUACACUAGUAGACACGCUAGCAUUGAACUUAAAUUUGUGUGGGAUGUUAUUAAAAGCUUUCUAGACAAAAGUAUUCAUUUUCUGUUGAGAACAGGUACCACACUUCUAGCAGUACGUGAUUGUUCUUUUCAAAAUCUUUUAAAUUUGAGUGUUUUAUCUAGGAACUAAAAUAUGGAUUACUUUUGAAUUUAAUUUAAACAGUCCUCUUGGGUAGCUCUUGGGUAUGAAUACCAGGGACAACAUCCUUGCAAUUAAAUUUAAGAUUACAUAAUAACAUACAGUAGCGUAAUAUAUUAUGGAGAAGAAAAAAAAAAACACCUUUCGGAAUAAAACCUGAAUUUGGCAGGUAGAUUUUUUUUCCCAAAUAUUUAAACAUUCUUUGAGAAAACAGAUUUAAUUUUCAGAGUAUACUGAGUGCUGAUUUCUAAUGUCAUGCGUUAAAUAAUACAGAUUUAAACCUCACGUGAAAUUCAGGAUUCCACGUACACGUGAUUUGUUAAACCAGGAGUCUCUGACACUUUGCAGCCCAAAAGGGACAGAAAAGUUUGAGUGUAGCUUUGGCAACAGAAGGCUGAUGUUUGUUAAAAUAUUUUUUACUUAAUUAAAAUGAGAUUUUACCGUCUCUUAUUAAUUAUCAGAGUAUGGCACCCACUUAAGUUGUCAUUUUGUAGUAUUGUGGCAAAUUGAGUACAAAGUAUGAAGUUUAAACACUGGAAUGUCAGUAGUCAUUGAUAUGUAAUUCAGGAGUUGGUUUUAUUUAUCUGGGGAUGUUUGUAUAUUUUGUAAAUUACUAACAAUGCUCUGCCAUCCUGGUGAAUGUCAUGGUUCUGUACAAACACACUUCUGUCCCUCUGUUGCAUGUCUGAGUACUUCAGAAGUUUUGUAUAUUUAUUGUAUUAACACAGUGUCAUAGAAUAAAAAAAAAUACUUUUUUUCCUGGA